CGGGGAGCGGUGUGGCCGCGCCGCAGCGUUCGGAGCUGUCCGGCGGCCGCGGCCGGCACCCCCCUGCGCCGCUGCCAUGCUGUGUGCCCGGGGCGGCUGGCAGGCCCUCCGCCGCUGCGCCUCCCUGCCGCGGGCCGUGCGGCUGCGGGUCAGCGAAGCGCUGGGGGCCCGGGAGUCCGCUGGCGAGGUUAAAGUGCAGGGCUGGGUCCGUUCUGUCCGAUCGCAGAAGGAAGUCCUGUUCCUGCAUAUAAACGAUGGGAGUUCUCUUGAACACCUCCAAGUGGUUGCUGAUCCCAGCCUGGAAAAUAGAGAGCUGACUUUUGGAAGUGCAGUGGAAGUGCGAGGGAGACUGGUCAAAAGUCCUCACCGGAGGCAGAACAUGGAACUGCAAGCUGAAGCCAUCCACGUGGUGGGACCCUGUGAUAUUUGGACAUUCCCUUUGAAAAUGAAGGAGAGGCACCCACUGGAGUAUGUCCGACAGUUCCCUCACCUGCGGUGCAGGAGCAACACCCUCGCCUCCCUCUUGAGAAUCCGCAGCGAAGCCACUGCAGCCAUCCACUCCUUCUUCCAGGCUAAUGGCUACGUUCAUAUUCAUACCCCUAUCAUUACAUCCAAUGACUGUGAAGGGGCUGGGGAGCUCUUUCACAUUGAGUGGUUCCCUGGGAAGAGAUGGAGAGGGAGAGCUGCCACUCUGGGUCGGUGCGCGAGAAAACGAGACGCGGUUGAGGCCAUCUUCCAGACAAGAAUCUUCAUUUUCAGCAGGGCUUUCACUCACGUGUUUGCCUUUGGCCCGACCUUCCGAGCAGAAAACUCACAGAGCCGCCGGCACCUGGCAGAGUUCUAUAUGGUGGAGGCUGAGCUGUCCUUCACUGAAAGCCUCCAGGACAUCAUGCAGGUUAUGGAAGAUCUUUUCAAGACAGUGACAAGUACUGUGCUCUCCAGAUGCCCUCGUGAUGUUGAGCUGUUUCAUAAACACAUAGCUCCUGCCCAGAAGGACAGGUUGGAACGAAUUCUGAAGCACAAGUUUGUGAUAAUUUCCUACAAUGAGGCAGUGGAAAUUUUAAAGCAAGCUUCUCAGACUUUCACUUUCAAGCCAGAGUGGGGCUGUGACCUCCAAACAGAGCAUGAGAAAUACCUGGUGAAGCACUGUGGUGAAGUUCCUGUGUUUGUGAUUAACUACCCAUACGAGCUCAAACCUUUCUACAUGCGGGACAAUGAGGAUGGACCACAGCACACGGUUGCAGCUGUUGAUCUCCUGGUACCAGGAGUAGGGGAGCUGUGUGGAGGCAGCUUGAGAGAGGAGCGCCUGCCCUUCCUGCAGUCACGCUUACAGAGGUUAGGGAUCGCAGAUGCCUACCAAUGGUACCUAGACCUGCGCAGAUUCGGCUCCACUCCUCAUGGAGGCUUCGGGAUGGGCUUUGAACGCUACCUGCAGUACAUCCUGGGAGUUGACAAUAUCAAAGAUGUCAUCCCUUUCCCCAGGUUUUCUCACUCCUGCCUUCUCUAGCUCAGCAGUUGACUCACCUGGAGAAACCUGCUGCUGCUGCUGUGGCUUUCUGUGCCUCACUUAGCUCUAGGAUGCGACUUGAGCGUGUUUAGUGGGAUGUUAGAACUGUCUUUACACCUGUGAAAGUCUGGCUUGAUGAUAAGAAGCUAUGUUCUGGUCAGAUUGUGGAAGCACACUGGCAGGUAAUUUGUCAGCUUUGAACCAGUUCCUGGUUCCUUCAGGAACCCUAAAUCCCUCUUGACUAAGGGUUAAGGUCAUUGUCAGAUACUCCAAGCCAACAGAGUUCUGAAUCAACUUUACUGGGGAGGGGUUUAUGUGAAAUAUUAAUAAGGAGGUGUGACCUAAACCAGACUGGGAGCCAGGACUGCUGUGAGGCUUUAAUAGGCUUUAAUUUGAAGAUUGAGUGUUUUAAUACUGCAAAGUAUUUGUCCUGGCUGUGAUGCAUUUGCUCUUAGGAAACGGCAGCAUGAGUUCUCCCCCACCCUCACUUAAAAGCCAAUCUGGUUCACCUUGGGAAAGUCAAGCAAACCUAGCAGGGGAAAAUGUCCUAUUGCAACUGCUGGAGUGGAAUUAGGUGAAUGAUGUUUUGUGGAUCAUCAAUAAAGCUGUCCCACUGGGUGGUUUUGUAA